UGAUUUAAAGUAAACAAAAAGUAGAUUGAAAUAAAACUUCCGUGGACAUUUUCACUGUUUUUACUAAGAUAAAAUCCGUUAAUGUUAUAAUAGGUAGCUAUGUAGCAGAGGGAAGAAUGUAAUAAGCGGGAAACUUUAGCAGGAAUAUUCCUCAGCUUUUAAUUAAGUUUUCGAAAACGGAAGUUUGAAAGAAAGACAAAAAAUGGAUGACCCGUUGGGAGCUCGUUCAGACUGUGUAGAGCUUGAUGAGUUGACGAGAUGGAACUUAACUCAGCUUCCAAUGACCUCAGAGGAGGAUAAAGAGGCGGAAAUCUCGCCGUUUCCAUGGAAUAAUAAUUUAAACGCCAAAAUUAUUUUGUGGUGUGGUGAUAUUACUCGUCUUGUGGUACAUGGCAUUGUUAACCUGACCAAUGAAAGACUGGAUGCCAAGCUCCCAGAAACAGAAACUAUUUAUCGGAAAGGCGGACCUGACUUAGUGGCCGAAAUUAGGAACAAUGUUAGAAUAUGCAAGACAGGUGAGGCCAAAACCACCAAAGGACACAAACUGCCCGCCCGAUUCGUGAUCCACACAGUGGGGCCCAGGUAUAACAUCAAAUACAUCACCGCAGCAGAGAGUGCUCUGUUUAGCUGCUACAGGAGUGUUCUCAGACAGGUCAGGGAGCACCAGAUGAAAUCUGUGGCUAUACCUUGUCUUCAUUCUAUAAGACGAGGCUACCCCACUGAAGAUGGCGCCCACAUUGCUAUUAGAACAAUACGUAGAUUCCUUGAGAAAUAUGGAGAGGACAUUGACACAGUGAUAUUUGUUUGCAAUGAAGACACACUUGAUACAUACAUGAAGGUCCUGCCCCUGUAUUUCCCCCGCAGCUGUAAAGAGGAAGUGGAGGCCAUCAAAUUUCUCCCUGAGGACAUUGGUAAUGAAGACGGAGAACCAAUCAUCCCGGAGAGACAAAUCAGGAUCAUGGACAAACCUAUGCUGGCCUCCAUCAGGAAUAGUCAGGGUUUGGAGGAAUUAGAAGAGACAGUUGAUUUAAACAAGGAGUUUGGAACCUCAACAGUCGUGGAGGUUGGUCGACACCCAUUUGCUCAGAUGCAGAGUGAUCCUGAUGAAGUGAAAAUGUCACAUUUGUCUGGACAUUCUACAGCAGAACAGAGACGUCUAGAAAACAAACGAAGGUAUGAAAGACUGCUGAAAAGAUCUAAGGUGGAGGAUCUGACAGAUAUAGCAGCCCUGAAGUGUAUCUAUAGGUCAGGGGUGGACCGAUUUGGGCGACCAGUUGUCAUUCUAGUGGGAAAACAUUUUCCAGCCAACUCAAUAAAUAUGGAGAGGGCUGUACUAUACUUGAUUCGUGUCAUGGAGCCUAUCGUGGAGUCAGACUACGUCGUCGUAUAUUUCCACACUCAGACAACAGCUGUCAAUCAUCCAGACAUGUCGUUCCUAAAACAGAUAUAUUCUAUCCUGGACAACAAAUACAGGAAAAAUAUGAAAUCUUUUUACAUCAUUCAUCCCACUUGGUGGUCAAAGCUGGCAACUUGGUUUUUUACGACGUUCACUGCAUCAGAUAUUAAGAAUAAGGUGAUCAGUAUGAGAGGAAUACAGUAUUUGUACGGCACAAUCUUCCCAGACCAGCUGGACAUCCCGCCGUUUGUCAUCAACUAUGACAUUGAGGUGAAUGGUCCACGGUAUUAUGAACCACCCAGUACUGACGAGGUAGAGGCUUUAUGAUGAGGAAGAUCAUUAGUUGUAACCUCAUAGAGUAAAUCCCAUUACAAGAUGUAAGGAGGUCACAAGACUUGUAUACCACAAAUUUCUAGACAUUGACUUGCUUUUGAUCUCUCCUUUGUUCUACAAUUCUUAAGACUUUGCCUUGGCAACUGAUAAAUACUCAGGACAGUUUGUUAUUGAAUUUGGUUAAAUAUUCAGUUAUUCCAUGUUUUGUUGAAUGAGGUUCAUAAAAAUAUGAUUUGUAAUUUAAUUAAUUUCUUUUGCAAAGUAAUUGUAAUUUAAUUUUUUACAUGUCUUAAAAUUCUGUUAUGUAAUUGUAAUUGAAGAUGAAGCAUAUAUUCUCGCCUGUAAGUUGGUUCACUUAUAAGUUGGUUGUAUUUUUUUAAAGAUUAUUUUGGAGGAAUUUGCCAUUGACCUGUUUAUAAGUCUGAACGUUUUUUCCCCCAAAUCCUUUGGUAAUUUCAGUUAAAUAUUCUUUUGUAUUUACCUGUUUUUCAAAGUAUAUUCAGGGAUGUGACCUCAAUAUUUGAUCUUUUUUGAACAAUUGAAACAAAUGUAAUAUCAAUCAAAUCUUUAAGCACUUGUGUUUUACGCAUAUAGUAAUUCUUAGUUUUGGACCAAAAUUUAACUUCCAAAAAUCUGAUUUAUGGGCGAGUAUGUAUGAUGCCUUUGUAUGUAAUUUAUAAUAAUUAAUACUUGUUACUUGUUUUAAAUAUGACUAAUAAUUAAUAUCAAAUAUUUAUUUUUUUGGAUGUCACAGUUUUUAAAAUUAAAUACUUUUUUCCAGUGAGAAUGUUUUAUUGAGAGAGAGAGAGAGCGAGAGAAAGAGAGCAGACUUUCAGUAUCUUGUUUAAAAUGAUAUAAUAACAAACACAUACAAUGUAGUUUAGUGUAGAUUUUCACAUAAGAAAAUAUACUUAUGGCUUAUGAGUUUGUUCACGUUAUUUUUUGACUGAUGUCCUAAAAAAUCCCAUAAAAGUAGUAUUUUGUAUGUAUCUAUGUUUGGCGUUUAGUGCUCAAAGAAUGAUAUCAAUAAGGAGCAAUAAUUUUUUUUCUGAUUUUUGAUAUGGAUUUUUGAAUUUUUUUUUCUCUAAUUUGAGCUUCAAUAUGCAGAGUAAAGUGUUGAUUUGAUUUUUUGAUUAAUGCUCAAAGAAAGACAUCAAUGGGGAGGAAAUUUUCUUUUGUAUAUAUAAAAGUAAGGGAUGAUUUUUACCAAUUAUAUUUUACCUUUAAGUUACUUCUUUUUGUUAUUAAGUGAAUAUGUGCUAGAAAAUAGUUUAUCUACAAUGUAGACAAGUACUCUGUUCAUAUAUAUGAUAAAAAUGAUAGUCCCAUGUCUUCUGAUUAAGAACUUGUUCUUUAUAUUUCAUCUUUAAUAUUCGUCUAAGGGAGUUUGAAUAUACGUGUAUUAGAAUUAUAUAAAAUUGAACAUACCUGUUGGAGAUGAUUUGAAAAUAGUUUAGAAGUGUCUUCAUUGCUUUUAGGUUCAUCUCGUUUGUCCGUAAAUGGAAGAUAGUUCUGUGGCUGAUUCUUAUUUCAUCAUUUAAUUUUUUACCAAAGAAACAUCAACAUUAUUGUAUCCAAUAAUGUCCAUUGGAGGGAGAUUCAUACUUAAAUACUUGAUAUUCAUUAUAUCAUAUAAUUCAAACAUGUUGAUUAUUAUUUCCCUCUAUAAUUUAUUUCAUAGCCUUAAGGAGUUAUAUGUUUUGGAUCACGUGAGCAACUUCAUGUCUUACCCCCAAUGAAACUCUAAAAAUGAUAUUUCUUAAUUAUGUGCACGUAUUGGCCUUUAAUUGACUUUUAUCCAUCUGUGUAAAAAGAUUCAAAUUCCAUCAAGGUUGUGAUUGGCUCUUUCUAAAGCUUUUAUUCAAUGAUCCUUUAUAAUGUAAAAAAAAAACUUUGUAGAAGAUACUUCUUGCAAGUAUUGUACAUACAUGAAUAGGCAAUAUUUAAUACGCUCAUCCACAUCUGCAUAGUAAUUUAUUUCUUGCCUUGUUUACAACGUCAAUAAUUACAGUGUGUCUUUUAUCUGACUGUGGAAAAGAAAGUACAUUUUAAUUGACAAAAGGGAAUAUGCUGUAUGUAAAGCUGUAAUAAAAUACUACAUAUAUACAACAUCUGUCUAUUGACUUUGGUCAACAAAGCAUAUGUAAUCACUGUGUAGAAUUUUUUUUUUUAUCAAUGCACGAUCUUAUACAUUGGAUAUCCUUUGAGAAUCUAUGUCUCCACGAGCUCUGACUUACCAUUUACAAUUUUAUCUUAAAACUUGUCAUAAAUGUCGAAAUUCACACAUAUAGAGUUCACUUGUGCAUUUCAUUUGGAAUUUUAUAUUUUAAUUACUUACGCAUGUAUUCAAAUUACACGAGAAACGAAAUUUAUGUACAUUUUAUUGUAUAGUAUCCAUCUUCCUCCUGGUUGCACUGCCUUGAUGGAUUUAAGAUGAAAUGUUUUGUGCCGCUGACGUUAAAAGACAAAGGAUCAAAAUGUUUCUUGUUAAAUAUUGUUUACUUUAGAAAGCUAUUUCCAAGAGUGUCCAAAUAAAUUCCAAAGCAAUUAAAA